UUCAGAUGUCGACAACAUUUUUCUUCAGCUACUCUCAAAGCAAAAAUAGAAGUAAAUUAGAGGGCGGCGGAAUGGAGAAAAUAGUGGUGGUGGUGGAGGAGGUGGAGGUGGCGAUUACAGCCCUCAAAUGGGCUCUCCACAACAUCCUCCGCUGCGGCGAUGUGCUCACGCUCCUCCACGUGUACCCAUCCAAAAGCAAGAAAAAGCUCCGGCGAUUUCGCCUCAAAGGCUUCCAAUUAGCUCUCUCCUUUACAGAAAUCUGCACCGCCUUUCCCAACACGAAGACAGAGAUCGUUGUGACGGAAGGAGACGAGGAAGGGCGGAGAAUCGCGGCCGUCGUGAGGGAAAUCGGCGCCUCCACGCUUGUGGUGGGGCUUCAUGAUCGGAGCUUUCUAUACAGGGAUCUAUCACUCCAAAACAAUAGCAUAAGGCAUUUGAAUUGUAAGGUCCUUGCCAUCAAGGACCCAACAACAAGUCCGACAUCCUCAACUAUCUCUAUAGAAGGGCAUUCGACUAUGAUGGACUUGUCACAGAUUGAAAUAUCGGAACUUAGUGUGCCUCAAAUUCCUCCUAAAAAAGCCCCAUACCAAAUUUGUCCAGAUCCAAAUGCUAUAAUUUGGAGAUCAAGGCCUACAAGGAAGUAAAGGAGAAUUCGACCCACUUGAAGACUAUGGGCAUGUUACAUGUAGAUGUCAUUUUCAGUUUUAAUUGGUAGUUAAAAAUACAUGCAUCUUGGACGAGGAUAGGAGAUAUAUUCCGUAUUGAACAAAAGAAUCUUGUGUUGCGGCUAUUCAAGGAAAGAGUCAAGCAUGUUUAGUAGUAGCUGCUUAUGAUCCAAAUAGAAUUACAUGCAUUUUUCUUCCCCUACAUAAUAAGUUUACCAACUUGUACCUCGACCUGUUUUUCUUUAUGAGUGAACUACAUAAACCAUCCCUGACGUUUCCAUUUGUUUUACUCCACACCCCUGACGUUUAAAAAUAUCGCCACAAGUCUCUGGCGUUUAUUAUAA